AUGGAACUGUGUACACGAUUUUAUGCUUUGUUUUUUGGAUUAAUUCUAUUUCUGUCUUCUUCUUUUCUUCUCAAUGAAUGUAGAAAGUUAGACGGUUAUGAGUUUCCAGUUUACUCAACAAAAUCCUGUCCAAGAAAUGCAACGGAGUGGAACGAGAGAUCGUCUGCUAUCAACUGUACUGAGGAUAAUGGAUACUUGUGUUUACCAAACGAAAACAUCACCCAACUGUUAGAGUUCUGUUAUGUAUUUCCUUUCAUAUUGAUACAGGAAGAUAUUUGUUUAUAUUUGAGCAAGCGCUACUCCGCUGUGUAUUCAUACGACUGCAAUGAUUUUCUAUACGGAUGUCCAAAUUCUUCCUAUGUCUCUUAUAAAUUGUUUAAAAAUCCACAUUGUACAUCUAUUGGAAAAGGAUGUUUCCUUGCUGAACCAUCUUGUCAAGGGUAA